AUGUUAUGCAUUCAAGUUGUAGCGAAACACUUAUUGUGAAGGCCUCAAACCGGAAAUUGAGCUGUUGGCCACCGACGAAGCACAUGUUGGAGAAGAGGAACCGCUGAGGAAGUUGGAGAAUUUUAAGCUGCUAGAGUAACAUUCUAAGUUCAGACGGACUGUAGGGCUGGUUUCAAGAUUGGCUCUUUGCAACAUGGCUCCGACUAACGUCAUUCCUCAGUCUUCAGAAGCGGUAUGCAGAUGCCCAUUAGAAUGUGAGCUACAAGCAGUGCUGCAGCAAAGGAUUAUGGUCCUGGAUGGUGGGAUGGGAACCAUGAUUCAGCAACAUAAGCUUAAAGAGGAAGAUUUCAGGGGGGACGAGUUUAAAGAGCACCCGCUUCCACUGAAGGGCAACAACGACCUCCUGAGUAUCACACAGCCUGAUAUCAUUUACAAAAUCCACAAGGAGUACCUGCAGGCCGGGGCAGACAUCAUAGAGACCAACACUUUCAGCAGCACGUCAAUUGCUCAGGCAGACUAUGGCCUGGAACACCUGGCUUAUCGUCUCAACAGGGCUUCAGCAGAGCUGGCGAGGAGGGCAGCAGAUGAUGUCACAAAACAAACCGGUUGUAAACGCUAUGUGGCCGGGGCAGUGGGUCCCACUAACAAAACCCUGUCUGUAUCACCUUCUGUGGAGAGUCCAGACUUCAGGAAUAUCACAUUUGAUGAGUUAGUUGAAGCCUACUCUGAGCAGGUUAAAGGUUUAUUAGAUGGAGGAGCAGACAUCCUUCUGGUUGAAACCAUCUUUGACACUGCCAAUGCUAAGGCUGCCUUGUUUGCCAUUGACCUGUUGUUUGAGAAGAGCUAUGAAAGAAAACCUAUAUUUAUCUCAGGAACCAUUGUUGACAGGAGUGGACGAACUCUGUCUGGGCAGACAGGAGAGGCCUUUGUAGUGAGUGUAUCCCACGCUAAACCGCUAUGUAUUGGUUUGAACUGUGCUUUGGGUGCAACCGAGAUGAGGCCAUUCAUUGAGACCAUAGGAAAAAGCACCACAGCUUUCAUUAUCUGUUAUCCCAACGCAGGUCUUCCCAACACAUUCGGAGGGUAUGAUGAAACUCCAGAAGUAACAGCCUCCAAUUUAAAGGCAUUUGCUAUGGAUGGACUAGUGAAUAUUGUGGGAGGCUGUUGUGGGACCACUCCAGGCCACAUCAGAGCCAUAUGUGAAGCAGUUAAACACUGCCAGCCAAGAGCUCCUGCUAAUGAUAUCUAUCAAGACUACUUAAUGAUUUCAGGUUUAGAGCCAUUUAGGAUUGGCCCUUACACCAACUUUGUAAACAUUGGAGAGAGAUGUAAUGUGGCUGGGUCACGCAAAUUUGCCAAGCUGAUCAUGGCAGGUGACUAUGAGGAGGCACUAAGCAUUGCUAAGACCCAGGUGGACAUGGGAGCCCAGGUCCUUGAUAUAAACAUGGAUGAAGGGAUGCUGGAUGGGUCAGCAGCCAUGGCCCGAUUUUGUAACUUCAUUGCCUCUGAGCCAGAUAUUGCACGGGUUCCUCUGUGUAUUGACUCCUCUAAUUUCUCAGUGAUUGAGGCUGGGUUGAAAUGCUGCCAGGGGAAGUGUAUAGUCAACAGUGUCAGUCUGAAGGAAGGCGAGGAGGAGUUCCUGCUCAGAGCUGCCACAGUGAAGCGUUAUGGAGCUGCUGUGGUGGUCAUGGCCUUUGAUGAGGAGGGACAGGCCACAGAUACCAACCGCAAAGUAGAGAUCUGCAGUCGAGCCUACAACCUCCUUGUCAGCAAAGUGGGAUUUGACCCCAAUGACAUCAUCUUUGACCCCAACAUCCUCACAAUCGGUACAGGCAUGGAGGAGCACAAUGACUAUGCUAUCAACUUCAUCAAGGCAACCAAGCUUAUCAAGGAGACGUUACCGAGAGCCAGAGUGAGUGGAGGUCUAUCCAACCUAUCCUUCUCCUUCAGAGGAAUGGAGGCCAUCAGGGAAGCUAUGCAUGGUGCAUUUCUCUACCAUGCUAUCAAGGAUGGCAUGGAUAUGGGGAUAGUGAAUGCUGGCAACCUCCCGGUAUAUGAUGACAUUGAUAAAGAGCUGCUGCUACUGUGUGAAAACCUCAUCUGGAACAGAGAUGCAGAUGCUACUGAGAAACUACUGGCCUAUGCACAGAACCAAGUAAAAGGAGGCAAGAAGGUGGUUCAAACAGACGAGUGGAGAAAAGGAAAUGUGGAAGAGAGGUUGGAGUAUGCUCUAAUCAAGGGAAUAGACAAGUGUAUAGUGGAUGAUGUGGAGGAGUGUCGUGCUCUGGUUGACCGCUACACUCGACCACUUCACAUCAUCGAGGGCCCCCUGAUGAAUGGCAUGAAGGUGGUGGGAGAUCUCUUUGGAGCUGGGAAGAUGUUCCUGCCACAGGUAAUCAAGUCAGCUCGUGUUAUGAAGAAGGCGGUGGGCUACCUGAUUCCUUUCAUGGAGAAGGAGAGACAGGAGAUGAUGGCAUCAGCAGAGUCAACUGAGGAGAUGGAUCCCUAUCAGGGCACCAUAGUUCUGGCUACAGUGAAGGGAGAUGUCCAUGAUAUCGGCAAGAACAUUGUAGGUGUGGUGCUGGGUUGCAACAAUUUCAGAGUGAUUGACCUUGGUGUGAUGGUUCCCUGUGAGCAGAUCCUCAGAGAGGCCAUCACACGGAAAGCAGAUAUCAUUGGUUUGUCUGGUCUCAUCACCCCUUCUUUGGAUGAGAUGAUUUAUGUGGCCAAAGAGAUGGAGAGACUGGGCAUGACAACACCACUGCUGAUUGGAGGUGCAACCACAUCAAAGACGCACACAGCAGUGAAGAUCGCCCCUCGCUAUAGUUGCCCUGUUAUCCAUGUUUUGGAUGCCUCCAGGAGUGUGGUGGUGUGUUCCCAGCUGCUGGAUGAGACAGUGAGGGAGGAGUACUUUGAGGAGUUGAAAGAAGAGUAUGAGGAGAUCAGGCAGGAGCACUAUGACUCUCUGAAGGAUCGUCGGUAUCUGUCUCUUUCCAAGGCCAGAGAGAAGGGUUUACAUGUAGACUGGCUAUCUUUGCCCAAGCCAGUGCGUCCUCAGUUUCUGGGCAUACGUGUGUUUGAGCGGUAUGACCUGAAGAGUCUGGUGGAAUUCAUUGACUGGAAGCCUUUCUUUGAUGUGUGGCAGCUGCGAGGAAAAUACCCUAACAGAGGAUAUCCAAAGAUCUUCUGUGACAGUACUAUUGGUUUGGAGGCCCGACGAGUUUUCGAUGAUGCCCAGCGACUGCUCAAUCAGAUGAUUGACAGCUGCAGUCUGAGUGGGCGGGGCCUGGUGGGAUUUUGGCAUGCCCAGAGUGAUGGUGAUGACAUCAAUGUGUACAAGGAUGAUGUCACAGUGCACAGUGACACCAAACCCAUUGCUAUAUUCUAUGGCUUACGGCAGCAGGUGGAGAAGGACAGCUCUAGUUCAGAGCCCUACUUGUGCCUUUCUGACUUUAUUGCCCCUGUAGACAGCGGUGUGGCAGACUACAUUGGUCUGUUUGCUGUGGGUGUGUUUGGAGCCGAGGAGCUGAGUCAGCAGUUCCAGGCUCAGGGAGAUGACUAUAGCAGCAUCAUGGUGAAAGCUUUGGCUGACCGCCUGGCUGAGGCAUUUGCUGAGGAACUCCAUGCUCGUGUGCGUAAGGAGCUGUGGGGCUACAGCACCGAAGAAGCUCUGCAGGCCUCAGACCUCCACAGAGUUCGAUACCAGGGCAUCAGACCUGCAGCUGGCUACCCCAGCCAGCCUGACCACACUGAGAAGACCACCAUGUGGUCCCUGGCUGGUAUACAGGACAAGACUGGUAUUUGUCUGACAGAGUCCCUGGCCAUGAUGCCCGCUGCCUCAGUGUCUGGACUUUACUUCUCCAAUCCUCAGGCCUCAUACUUCGCUGUGGGAAAGAUCACCAAGGAGCAGGUGGAGGACUACGCCAGAAGGAAAGAAAUGAGUGUGGAGGAGGCGGAGAGAUGGCUGGCUCCCAUACUGGGUUAUGACAGUGAAGCUUAGAGAAAGAGCUCCAGCACUCAUCUGGAGUACACAGGAGUUGGAGUAGGACACAGGCAAGGUUUACAGUCCAACCACUCCAGUGUCGCUCACCCUGGGUCUUAAAGUGGACUACACUGACAUCUAGUAGUACAGUAUAUUUUCUUUUCUAUAAACAUACACUACCUUGUCAUUUCAAUGUUUUCCUGUACAUUUCAUGAUGGGAUACUAUCAGGCUUACACGUGGAGUAAAAUCACAUUACUGUCUCAUAUAGAUGUCUGCAGUAGUAUUAAAAUGACAAAAUGUCAGUUAUUUAGCUUAAUGUUGACAUGAUUAUUAUUUUCACCAGUGAGGAUGUCGUCCACGAGAUCAGUGCCAAUAUGACUCCUGACUUCUGGGGAUACUUCAGUUAACUGAUUUUAACAACAUGUUUAAAUUUAUUGGUUUCUUUAACUAAAAGGAUGACACAUUUCUUACACCUAUGUUUAUCUUAAAAGAAUAGUUCAGAAUUUUGGAAUACAUGAUGAUUUGCUUUCUUUCUGAGUGAGAUGAGCAGAUGUCAUGUCUGUGCAUUAAGGACAGAGCUGAUGUCAGGACAUGUUUAGCCAAGCUUAGCAUAUACUGUAGACUGGAAGUAGCUUUAGCCUAGUUCUGUCCAAAGUUCAAAAGAUGGAUUUCUUAAAUUUGUACAGAGACAGACAUGUUGAUAAACCACAGUUUAUCUGUCUGCCCAGAACGUCAGUGUACCAUCUGUGCUGCAGGACAAACAGUCUAUGCCUGUUUUGGUCUGUGUUCAUACACAGUGGUAGUAAACUUGAGAGCCUUUCUGUGAUGACAAGAGUCCAGGAACAGUCACACCCAGCAGUGCUUCAAGUGUGUAAGAACCCUUUAUUCAAACAAAAUGUGUAAAUGAAGACUAAGUACACUGUAACCAUUCAGGAAACCGUCCUAGACACAUGCUUUCCACAUGUUGUUGAUUUCAAAUAAGAUUUAGAAUUAUAUGCAGAAGUGAAAAUGUAGGACUUUGCAUACAAAUUGUAAUUGUUUCUAUUAAUCUUUUUAAAAUUAUUUUAUUGUUCUUGUGUAGGUUUUAAAAAUCAUUUGUCUUUAGGCUGGUGUGUACUGUCCUAAUAGUUAUUGUAUUUUACCACCGAUUGUGAUUAAUUACUUAAGACACAUUUAUAAAUAAUAUAUAAAGUGAUACAUUUUUCAGUUAACAUUAAUUUAAAAACUGCGUUGAUGUUCUAUUGGUUAAAAAGUUGAUAUUAAAAAGAUUUUUC